AUGUUUCGCAAGCCAAAAGCAAAAGGGGCAAUUAGACAACGAAAAAAUGACGAUUGGGACGAAAAUUCGCCAACAAAGGAGAGUUCCGAGAAAAGUGAGGCGGAAAAAGUUGUUAAGGUGACCACUGAGAAGCGUUCAACUUUUAGUUUUGAUAUGGAUGAAGGUGCAGAUUCGACAUUUGAAGUGAAAAAGAACAAGAAAAAGGUCGAAGAACUCAAACGGAUGCACAAACUUGAAGAACAAGCUGAACAAAUGGAAAAUGAAAGAAGAAUCGAAGAAGAAUCAAGAAAGAAAAAAUUGGAAUCUGUGAUAAGCAAAGAGAAAAAAGUGAAAGAAGAGAAGGAAAAAGAUAAAAGGAGCGAACGACAAAAAUAUCUGGAAAAGUAUAAAGAUGCCUCAGCGAAACACGUUGGAGGGUUUGAUGAAGAUCUUGACAUUGACGAAGAAGCUAUCAGCUUUAGCAGUGAUACGAAUUCCAAAUUCUCUUCGUUAGCUGGAAUACCCGACUCGAAGGCCGUUUAUGAAGCGAAAAAACGUCGUGAGCGGAUGCGGAGAGAAGGAAGAGACGGCUACAUUCCAUUGGACGACGAUCAGAAAAUAAGGAAUCGAGGAGCGCGAGAUCGUCUGAUUCGGGAGGACGAGAACGAUGAUUCAGAUGAAGAAGAGGCGGGCAAAUUCUAUUCUGCUCGCGAAUUACUUCGAACAGACGAAGAUCGACGAAGAGAAGAGCAAAAUGAAUUUCUUAAUCGCGAGCACGGAGAUGAUAACGAUGACGAUGACGAGAAUUCGGAUUAUCGAAAGAAUCCGGAAAUGGAAGAAUGGGAGAAGCAACAAAUUAGGAAAGCAGUCAGCGGAAGAGCCAUUGGCCAACUUCGUGAGGAAAAACGGAACACCACCAAAUUAUACGGACAUCCUCCGCCGAUUGAAGACGAUGAUGAUCAUAUGGAUAUUGAUAUGGAUGUUGUGAUUGAAAAAACAUCAUUCAAUCCGAAGAAUACAGGCGGCGUCGUUAAAAUAGAAGACAUUCUUGCGAAAUUGAAGCUACGACUUCAAGAUCGCGAUGAAGCAUUGAAUUUCCGGCGAGAAGAAAUGCGGAAAAUGAAGCAACAUCUCGACGAGAAUAAAUCGAUGGUGGAAAAGAUUGAAAUGGAAAUGCCAUCUUUGAGCACCAAAUUCGCCAUGUAUCAAGAAUUGAGAGUUUAUGCGAGAAGUUUGCUCGAAUGCCUCAAUGAAAAAGUCGCCGAGAUCAAUGAGAUUGCCGACAAAAAGCGAACGGCGCAGAAUGCGCGAAUGUUGCGAAUCGCGAAGCGGCGCAGAAUGGAUGUCCGAGAUCAGUAUGCCGAAUGCACGGCAUGUGCUGCCGGAAAAAAUAUUUCGACGGUAAAAGUUGGUGAAGCUGCGACAAGAGCCGCGGAGAGAGAAGCUAGACGUGGAAGAAGAUGGAGGGAACGAGAAACGACGUUGGUCGGAAUAUCGCAUGAAGAAGGAAUGAGUACCGACGACGAGGAAAUGAAUAGCCAAAUUGCGGCGGAUAAACAGAUUGACGAUGAAGUUGAAGCCGUCGCUUCGGUAAUUUUCGCUGACGCACUUGAAGAGUAUUCGGAUAUAAAGAAGGUUCUAGAAAGGAUGAUGGAUUGGUUGGCGGUUGACACGAAAUCGUUUCAAGACGCUUAUGUUUAUUUAUGUUUGCCCAAAUUAUGUUCCCCGUAUGUUCGAUUGCAAUUAAUCACAGCGGAUAUUCUAAGGAAGGAAACUCUUCUUAAUUCAAUGCCAUGGUUUAAAAGCGCAAUUUUGGCGGGUGCGAACAACAGUGAAAUCGAGCCCGAGCAUGUGACAAUUGUUGGUCUCGUGCCGGCGAUUGUUGAAAAAAUCGUGUGCCCAUUCCUGAUCGAUUUGGUCCGUGAGACAUGGGACCCGCUCUCGCUAUCACAGACCCGCAAAUUGAUGCAAUUUUGCGCCGAUUUCGACAAGAUUCCUACUUUGAAUGAGAAAAGCAAACAGUUUGUUGGAUUAUUGGAUGCGAUUCGAUGUCGAAUUCAAGAAGCGAUCGAUGAUGAUCUUUUUGUUCCAAUGUUCGCACCAACAGCUUUGGAAAACACAUCGACUGGUUGCAAAUUGUUCCAGGAUCGCCAAUAUUGGACAGCACUGAAGCUUAUAAAAUCGAUAAACUGUCUGUCUCCGCUGAUUUCUGUCGCGGCUCGAUUCGAAUUAAUCGUUGAGAAAAUUGUGAAUGGAUCGAUAGUUGUUGCACUGCGAACGGGUGUUAAAAAUGAUGUUUCGGCUGAAAGAAAGAUUCGAGCAUUAAUUGAACAGCUUGAUGAGAAGCUAUUGCUAAUGGGCGGGAUGACGUCACUUCGGCAGCUGACGACGACAUUGUCGACGAUCUCGGAUGCUCAAAACGCUGCCGGUCGCGAAUUUUAUAAAGAAAUCCGGAGAUUUAUUGCGAAAAUUGAGCGAUAA